GAUAAACAUUGCACUUCGCCCCUAUUUCUCACUCUCGAAGUGCAAAGGCUCAUUCGCACGGUGCACUAAUAGUGGUUUUCAAAAGUUCGUUCCUUGCACUUUAAUAAAAUCAGUUUAUCUUGCGGUUUAUGUUGUGUUAGAGCUAUUUUCGUCAUGUCGUUGGAAAUUGCUUCGGGUUUUAGUAUAAAGUUGGAUGACACAAUCGAAGAAUAUUUAACGUAUGCUGAGGGUCUUUCUACUGCAGAAGAUGUAAAAAAAUUAGUAUUGCAGAAAAAUUAUAAAGAACUUGAAAAAAUCAUGAUGAACCGUCUUACAUUUGGCACUGCAGGUUUGCGUGGUCGCAUGGGUCCAGGUUAUGCAGCUAUGAAUGAAUUAGUCAUUAUACAAACCUCCCAAGGGUUAGCUGAAUAUCUUAAGCGGUGUACAGACCUAUUGAAGAAGAUAAGGGGAGUUGUUAUUGGAUAUGACAAUCGUCACAACAGUAAGAGGUUUGCUGAAUUGGCAGCUGUAGCUUUUCUUUUGAGGGGUUUUACAGUUCACAUCUUUUCUGAUAUAACACCCACACCAUUUGUACCUUUCACUGUAAAGACAUACCAGUUGAUAGCUGGAAUAAUGAUUACAGCCAGUCACAACCCCAAGGAUGAUAAUGGAUAUAAAGUUUAUUGGUACAAUGGAGCUCAGAUUAAUUCUCCACAGGAUAAACGUAUACAAGAGGAAAUUGAGAAGCAUAAAAAACCAAUACCAGGUUCUACUGAUACUUCUUUAGUCUGGACCUCGUAUUCUUGUAGGGACCCUUUGGCAGAAAUUACUCAGAUGUAUUUUGGUGAAUUAAUCCCUUUUCCGUCUGAGGAUCUUCGAAGUUGCAAAACCAAAAUAACUUUCACUGCUUUGCAUGGAGUUGCUCACUCAUAUAUGAAAAAGGCUUUCCAGUACUUUAGAUAUGAAAAUUUUAUUCCAGUGCAAGAACAAAUGAGGCCUGAUCCAGAUUUUCCAACUGUCAAGUUUCCUAACCCAGAAGAAAAGAAUUGUUUGGAUCUAUCCAUUGCUACUGCUGAUAAACAUGGCAGCACACUGAUCUUUGCAAAUGACCCUGAUGCAGAUCGACUUGCUGUAGCUGAAAAACUCAAUAAUGGCGAGUGGUACAUUUACUCAGGAAAUGAAAUAGGUGCAAUGCUAGGAUCAUGGUUAUGGGACAAAGCUUAUAAAGAUUUACCUGUACAUUCUGGGACACAGAAAAGAGUUGGAAGAGAUAAAUGCUGUAUGAUUUCAAGUGCAGUAUCUUCAAAAAUUCUUAAAAGCAUUGCUACAAAAAAUAAAUUUCACUUUUUUGAAACUUUAACUGGUUUCAAAUGGAUGGCCAAUAAAGCCUAUGACUGGAUGCAAGAAGAAGGAAAUCGGUUUGUGUUUGCAUUUGAAGAAGCUCUUGGCUUUAUGUGUGGACCUAAAGUGAUGGAUAAGGAUGGUAUUCAAGCUGCUAUGCAUAUGAGUCAAAUAGCAGCUUAUUGUAAUAGACGAAACAUUCAGUUGUAUGACUUUCUUAAAGAAGUAUAUGUAAAGUAUGGCUAUCAUGUUUCCUGCAAUUCCUAUUUUAUUUGUGAUAAUCCAGAUGCUAUAAAAAAGUUUUUUGAAAAGUUAAGGAAUUACAAAGGCCAGGAAGGAAAGUAUCCUGAACGCCUGGAGUAUUUUGAUAUAGGAUGGUUUGAGUGGAUAUAUUUUCCUGUGAAAGAUGUCAGAGAUCUUACAACUGGCUACGAUAGCAGAGAACCUGAUCAAAAGGCAGUUUUGCCAUAUGGUCCAACACAACAAAUGAUUACCUUCUAUUUUGAAAAUGGAUGUGAAAUGACACUUAGGACAUCUGGCACCGAACCGAAAAUCAAAUAUUAUACAGAAAUUAUUUCUACAAAGCCUGAAUCCGAGUGGAAAAAAGUUGAUGAAUUGCUGCACAAGAUGGUUGAAUUGCUAAUAGAACAGUGGAUUCAGCCUGAAAAGAAUGGUUUUAGCUCUCGACCUAUAUAAUUUACAUCCUGUAAAAAUGUUAUUUUUCAGUAGUUUUACUUUUGUUCUUUCAUUCCUCUUGUUUAUUAAUGAUAAGUUCAUCUUUUGUGAUUGUACAAAGUAAACGUGAAAAACCUUAUGCAUAAUAUUUUAAACUGCUCAAAACAUUAUCAUUCAUUACAGUCUAAGAUACACAGCUGCCUUUUAGGGAGAUCUUAUGUGCAAAUUUUCCUAAAAUGUGCACAGAAGUAUUUAAUUUUUGUUUAUAUACAUUGCUAGUCACAUAGUUUUACAGUUAGUUAAACCUAGUCAAUGGCAUAACAUUUUGCCUGUCUUUAACACAAAUGAUUUAGCUUUUGGUGAAUUUCCUAAUGAAUUCUUGUUGUGUCUGAAUGACUUAAGAUUAGAUUUAUUGCAAAAAUGGAAUACUAAUAUAUUUUUUCUGUGAUGAAGGAUAUGCAAUAAUACAUAUGAGAAACUUACGUUGUUGUACUCAUGAAAUCGCCAAAAAAUAAAAUUUAAUAUAGUUGAUCUA